AUGGGGCGUGUGAAGCUUGAGAUCAAAAGGAUAGAGAACUCAGUGAACAGACAAAUAUCAUUUACAAAGAGGAGGGAUGGGUUGAUGAAGAAAGCCUUUGAGUUAUCUGUUCUCUGUGGAGUUGAUGUUGCUGUCAUCACUUUUUCCCCUACUGGGAAACUCAGAAUCUUUUCUGGCAAUAAUAAAAGUAUAGAAGAAGUCAUUGAAAGGUGUUUGAAUAUUCCGGAUUAUGGAGGAAGAAGGUUAGAGAAUCAAGAGUAUCUAAGGAAAACUGUGUGCCAUAAUUUGAAGGCUGCCCAAGCAAACAAUAUUGUGGACUUAUUGGCUGAUCAACCUGCAUCGCCAGACUUGAGGAGGAACAUGUCUAAAUCUGAUUAUCAGGUUCAGGAACUUCAACAAGAAAUCAUAGCAUUUAAGGAUCAGUUGGAGGCUAUGGAGAAACGAUUAAGAUUCUUUGAAAGUGACCCUUCAGAAAUUACUACACUUUCUGAGGCACAAAUUCGUGAAUGUGUACUCAAGGAGACGUUAAAACAUGUUUCACUACGCAAAAGGACAUUAGAGAUGGAGAAUAACCAUCUUCAAGCGAUAAAUGUCAUUUCUCAGGUACAAAUUCCUUUAUAUCAUGAUUUGAUCUCAAACAAUAACUCAAGUGGUGGCACAUUGAUGGAUUGGCACUCACCAAGAUUAGAAACAAAUGGUCAGAAUAAUAUGAAUUUCUUAAAUCCUCCCAAUCUCAUUCCCUUGAGGAAUCAACAACUUAUGAGUUUAGACAACACACAACUACAGUCACAACCCACUUUUUUCUAUGAGCAACCGAAUGCACCCCAAUUUAGGCAAAAUAUGGAGUUCAACCCUUCUAUUUGGCCCGAAUUUGACACAACAGAGUUUCUUCACGAAGAGAGUCAUGGCGUCGUUGCUGAUAUGCUCGACAUCAGUCUUAACAGUAGAUGGCAGAUGUGGAAUACUCCUCUUCGUUCCUAG